CCUCAGAACUAGGUCAAUCAAUAAAGAAACUAGUAGGGCGCACGCGGCAAGCAGCCCUCUAGAUCUCGGACAACCUUCGGGAGUCCAGUCUCGUCCGUUAAAUUUGUUCCAGUGGCUAUCCUUCGAUCGAAGUCAGCUUUAACUCGUGCAGAUCGUACAAUUUGACUAGUUUAUAUCAACAUGUCGGGUUUUCAUUUUUCCGCGAUAUCGGUGCCGAAAGAUCGAUUCGACGAAGCUAUUGAACAUUUGAGAUUCAAUUUCUUCCCGGAUGAACCGCUCAAUCGCGGCGUGAGGCUUUGCCAGAAAGGUGAGUCGCAUUGUGAGUUGGAGAAUCAUUGUUUAUCAACGCUUAAGCAAGGAUAUUCAAGAAUGCUCAUUACGGAUGAUGGGACGAUAGCCGGACUCGCCUUAAAUGGAACGACGAAAGUAGGGGAACGAGAGGAGGCAGUUCGUCGUUUGGCGGCCCUCGAUGAUGAGAAAUUCAAAAUAAUUUUUGGCCUUCUAUAUCAAGUGAAUGACAAAGUUAACUUAUUCAAUAAAUAUCAGACUGAUGAACUGUUCGAGUGCCGUAUCUUGAGCGUCGAUGAAGAGUUUCGAGGACGUGGACUAGCCAAUAUACUCAUGAGUGAUUCUGUCGAAGUCGCAAGAAAAGCCGGGUUCAAGGUAAUGAAAGCCGAUGCUACGGGUAUAUUUUCGCAGAAGGUGUUCGAGAAACACGGCUUCAAGACUGAAGCAGAAAUUCUUUAUUCCGAAAUAGAUGAGGCAAUACGACCCUCGCCACCACAUUCUGCCCUUAAACUAAUGGUCAAAGUACUCUAUUAAAUUCUUGGAGGUAAUUAAAAAAUGAUGCGUAAAUCCAAUAAUGAUAUAGUAAUGAAAGUUAAAUGUCUCGUCGUUGAAAGUGUGUCAGUAACACUAACAAUCAUUUGAUAAUUCAUAUUGUGAUGUCUGGAUUAGUCGAUGGUUACUGCCCUAGAGAGAUUUAUAUAUUUCUGGAGUAAAUAAAAAUAUGAAUUGUCUUCCGUUAAACGAAAAGGAAAUAGGUGAGGUUGAACAAUAGAUCGACGAGAGGAGAAAGAUAACCCACCAAUUUAUCGAGGAUUCGGCGGGUCCGAAAUGAAUAAAAAUAAAUGAACAGAGAAUAACAGUAAAAUUUUUAUCUACAAAUUCAACAGCUACCGUCCAAGGGUGGCAACGAUCUUUCAUAAAUCCGUACAAAAAAAAAUCACACAUUGCAAAACGAUAUAUACCAGAAAGGGUCCAUUUACAAACAAUGAUAAUAAUAAUUAAAAUAUAAAAUUGAGGAAUUAUACGAACUUAUACAUGAUAUUGAAGUAUUUUUGUUGCCGUCUGUUAUAAACGUUGUUUUGUAAAUCCACGAAUAAAUAGUCAAGUUUAUUAAA